UGGCCAUAUUGCUAAUGUCAUCAAAAUUAUCAAAGGCAUGAAAGUUUUGGAUACGAUUUUCAACGUUUUGAAGAAAUUGGUUGCAUAAAAUCAUUGUUUAUCCAGACAAAGCUAAAAGCGAUUUUGGUAAAUAGUAUUUAAACAUAUUUCAGACCAAAUUAAUUGCGAAUUAUGUCCUAUUAUACGCGUAAGGAGAUCGAUGAAUUGCAUACGGACAUUGCUGCUUUGACAAAAGGAGUUGCUGUUGGUGGCGAAGAAGACCGUGUUAUAAGUACAAUCGAACACUGUUUACACAAUGGAUAUGACCGCCGACGUAUUGCGGAAAAAUUGGAAAAGAUCUUGGAUGCAAAACAGAGCUCAAGGCUAGCUGAUAAAUUGCAGGAUAAAUUGGACGAUUUUCGCCGAAAGAGUAAGAAGCGGAAUGCUAGUGAUGAAACUGGUGCAGAAAUUCCUAAAAAAUCUCGUUUCGAUAUGAAGGAGAAGAGCAAUAUUGCUGGCGCCUCUUCCACAUUAACACCCUUAGCGGCAGCCUCAGUGGCUGCAGCGAAUAUAACAACUGCUGCUGCAACUUCACCGGCAGUAUCCACAACUGGGUUGAAUUCGACACAAAUUAAACUCAUGAUGGUAAAUGCUCAACGUGAAAUAGAAGAAAGAAAACGUGCGCUCAAUAAUUUAAAAGCCAAAGAUCCCAUUUUAGCAUCGGUUCCACAGAUAGGAUUACCAGUUGCACUGGCUACUCAAGCACUUGCUAAGAAAACGGUACCAGAAGAUUCAGAGAAAGCCAAAAAGAUAGCAGAAUUACAGGCACAAAUUCGUGCGAAGUUAUCUAAUCUAAUUCAACCGCCACAAGUGCAAGAUCGACCGAAACCUUUAAUUUUGGAUGAGGAUGGUCGUACCAUCGACAAAAGUGGUAGAGCCAUCAACAUACCAACACUUACACCAACAUUGAAGGCCAACAUACGAGCGAAAAAACGUGAGGUAUUUAACAAAAGUCAAGUGCAUGCGGAUCGUCAUUCGCAGCAAGAGGAAUCUUUAAAAUUUUUCGACGACCGUAUUGCACAAAAACCCACAUUGCGUACAAAGCGUUCAUUGCGCUUCCAUGAACCGGGAAAAUUUCAGCAAUUGGGUGAAAGAAUGCGCAUGAAGGCACAAUUGGAAAAACUACAAAAUGAGAUAUCACAAAUUGCACGCAAAACUGGCAUAAGUUCUGCAACAAAAUUGGCGCUCAUUGCACCGAAACAAGACACACCCGACGACGUACCAGCAAUGGAAUGGUGGGAUUCUGUAAUUUUAACCCAAGACUUGAACACGUUGGAUGAUAAAGCGAAGAUCAGCAUUCGACAAUCGGCAAUCACAAAUCUUAUUGAACAUCCAACUCAAAUGAAACCGCCAAAUGAACCAUUGAAACCAGUCUAUUUACCUGUUUUUCUCACAAAGAAAGAACGCAAAAAGCUGCGUCGCCAAAAUCGCCGCGAAGCUUGGAAAGAGGAACAAGAGAAAAUACGUUUAGGUCUUGUUGCACCACCUGAACCAAAGUUACGAAUUUCUAAUUUAAUGCGUGUGUUGGGUACAGAGGCUGUGCAAGAUCCAACCAAAAUUGAAGCACAUGUACGCGAACAAAUGGCUAAACGCCAAAAGGCACACGAGGAUGCCAACAAUGCACGAAAAUUGACGGCAGAACAGAAAAGUGAAAAGAAAGUGCGGAAAAUCAAAGAAGAUACUUCUUGUGGCGUCAAUGUCAGUGUGUAUCGCAUUCGUGAUUUGCAAGAUAAUGCAAGCAAGAAAUUCAAAGUGGAAACCAAUGCCAAACAACUGCAUAUGACUGGUACAGUGGUGCUCUUCCGCGAUUGUUGUGUUGUAGUAGUUGAAGGUGGACCGAAGCAACAGAAGAAAUACCGACGACUAAUGCAGCAUCGUAUAAAGUGGGAAGAGGAUUUGGUAAAAGGGCCUGAUGGUCAUGAAAUACCCAACACAUGUGUACUAGUUUGGGAAGGCACUAGUCAACGCAGACAUUUUGGCGAGAUUAAAUUUAAGGUGUUUCCAAUGGAGAAAAUGGCACGAGAAUUCUUUCAGAAACAUCAAGUUGAACAUUACUGGGAUUUGGCAUAUUCGGGUGCAGUGUUGGAAGCAUCUGCAGAUACUUAA